AUGUCAUCACCGGCCGCUAGAGGGGUAACGACCCCAUCAGGCCAGACAUCGUCCUUCCCCUCAUCCUCGACUCAACCCUCCGACGGAACCACCGUCAACACACAGGCAUUGUCUUCCAGGGCUGGUGCUGACUCCCGCGCCUCUACUCGUGGUCAGCAGGAUACGCCCAUCGUCGUUGCUGCUACUGCAGGAGGCGGUGAUAAUGGACAAGGCGACGACGAAGGCGGCGAGGACCAACCAUGUCAGGCUUGCGGUGUCUUCCCUGCCAGAUUCCAAUGUUCGGCCUGUCAGAGUGUUCGAUAUUGUUCUCAGGAAUGUCAGGCGUCCGACUGGAAGAUUCACUAUCGAGAGUGCGCAGAGAUUGUGGCUGCACAGAAGGAAGAACAGACCGAGUCCCAACAGGAUCCUGGCAGACCCCGAUCUGGCGCGAAUGGUGCAAGGGAAACGGGUGUGCCUGGCGACAGAUACUCAAAUGAUAUGGAGAUGACAAGUAGGGCUGCCGCAAGUCCCUCGCGCUCAGGCGUUGCAGGCGAACCACUGGGCGGCGAAGGAGACAAUAUCAGGGCGACAGCGAAUCGACCUCGAAGACGUCCACGGGAACCACGGAGGAGACCUCGGUUGACACCAGAACAAAGAGCAGCAUAUGAAGAGGCAGAGAGGAUCGCCGACAUGAAGUUCUAUAUGCUUCAGAUCUACAAAAUCAUCAAGCCCGUUGUUGUCUGCAUCUGUCUCAGUAUCCUCUGGGUCAAAAUCUCCAUGGCUGGAAGCGAUUACAGGCCUACACAAUCGUCCUACACUGUCUACAAGGAAUCACCCAACUCAUCGGCGUCUCAAAACUUUCUGGGCUCGUUGGCGAACGCAGGAAUCAUCAUUGGACAAAUUGUCAUUGUCACCAUCAUCAUCGUCGUCUUGUUCAAACGGGGACACAUCAAGGUCUUGAUCGGUUUCUUCAUGGUGGUGGUUGCCAUGCUAUUAGGAUUCAUGGGAUACAUCUUGAUCCUUAACUUGAUUCAAGUCCUCAGGAUUCCCCUCGACUAUCUGACAAUGGCGUUUGCACUAUGGAACUUUUCGGUCACUGGUCUGAUAUCGGUCUUCUGGAAAGGUCCUAUGUGGGUGCAACAGAUGUACUUGACCGUCAUGAACCUGAUUGCGGUGCUGUGCCCUUUUGGUCCACUUAAAAUUCUGGUGGAGAGCUCUAGGAAUCAGAAUCAGGAGGUUCCUGCAUUGUUGUACACCGUCAACGCAGUGUGGUUCAUGGCUUCGCCUCCUGAUGCUAUCCUGAAUCGGGAAACCUUGAAUUCCAAAGAAAGUUCAGAAUCGGAGGAUCUUACUUUGAAUAAUGACGCUAGUCCCAGGACUAACUUUCACGGCGGACACUCUCGUGCAACUGGCAGGGACGGUGGCGCCAGCAUCAGCAGCAGUCGUAACAGCGGUCUGGAUGCGUCAUUCAGUGCACACGGAGGCAUGUCUCGGACAUCAUCGACGAUGGCGCUGGUGCCAGGACCCAAUGGUGAAACUGGAGAUCGGGACGCCAUUGAGCUGAGGGAGCGUGCUAGAUCAGGCGAUUCUGGAAGCUCACCCCGCGGCCGUGGCGAGGGCAGUCCUUUGGCUGGCCGGGUUGCAAAUUCUGCAUCUGGAAGGCAGGAACCAAACCGUGACCCUAGGAGAGAUUCGCGGGAGACUGAUGAUGAUGAAGAAGAACAUCGCGAAACCUCGGGCGACGAUGACGAUGACGAUGGUAAGGUGUUGCUUUGUUGUGAAUGCCUUUUAUUUCUCUCGUAG